CGCGCAUCUCUUUCUGGCCAGAAGGCGAGCCGCGGCAGUCACGGGCUGUAUGGAAAUACCGCGCACGCAUCGCUGCUUUGUUUCCAACCCCUCUCGGCGGAUCCGUCCUCAGCCAUGCGAUGGAUAUUUUGUGGCAAUAUCAGUUUAGAAUUAUUUUACUCGGAGAUUCUACCGUUGGAAAAUCGUCUCUGCUAAAACGCUUCACUGAUGGUAUAUACAGCGAUGUUGCGGAUCCUACAGUUGGUGUAGAUUUUUAUGCCCGUUCGUUAGACAUCGAGCCAGGGGUAAAAAUCAAGCUUCAGCUCUGGGAUACGGCUGGCCAGGAACGAUUCAGGUCCAUCACCACUUCCUACUACCGUAAUUCCGUGGGAGGCUUGCUGGUUUUUGACCUGACCAAUCGCAAGACCUUCGACCACGUGAGGGAGUGGCACAAGGAAGUGAGUGAGCACAUCCUGCCCCACCACAUGGUGUACAUUCUGAUUGGACACAAGAGUGACCUCACCAUGGAGCGGCGGGUGAGUCGCGAGGAGGCGGAGCAGCUGGCUGCAGACCUGGGCGUGCGCUACGUGGAGACGUCCGCCAAGUGCAACAGCAACGUGGAGCGGGCGUUCGAGCUGCUGACCAGAGACAUCUUCCAGCUGAUGAAGAUGGGGGAGAUCUGCACGCGGGACGGCUGGGACGGGGUGAAGAGCGGCCUCACCGCCAAGGUCCUGUACCCCUCCGAGGACGAGGAGGCGGUAGCCGCGGCCGAGAAAGGCUGCCACUGCUGACUGGCCCCCCUCCCCCACACCCCAUCCCCCGCACACCCCCUCCCACAUCCUAAUCCCCUGCCCCGCCCCUCCCUGCUGACCUCCACGCCCCGCCCAACCUCAUCCGUGUAUCCACUGUGCCCUGUGUUCCACAACCAGCAUAGUCAUGUGUAUUAAAAACACUGUUUAGAUAGGGCUCACAUCCUGAGACAUCAUCGAAAGAGAUGAUGUCUCAGGAUAACCCUAACCCGAGGGAGAGAGAGGUAGAGAAUGGCAGAGAUAGAGAGAGAGGUAGAGAGAGAGAUGAAGAGGGAGGGAGAGAGAUGUAGAGAAUGGUAGAGGGGAAUUGAGAGAGAGGUAGAGAUAGAGAGAGGUAAAGAGAGUGAGAUAGGUAGAGAGAGGUAGAGAGGGAGUGAGAGGUAGAGAUUGGUAAAGAGAUAGGUAGAGAUAAUAGCGAUAGGUAGAGAGUGGUAGAGAGAGAGAGAGACCCUGCCCCAGACAUGUGUUCCACCCCUCCAGGUCCUGUAGACAUCCGUGCUGCUCUGACAGGAGCCAUGAGACCCACGUGCACCUCAUGUCCCCUGUGACUCCACGCUAGGCCAGCUGCAGAGCACAGAGACCCUGCAGCUGAGCCCAGGCCAGUGGCUCAAUCAACUAUUCAUGGAUGCCUUUUGCCGACCUGGAACUUUUGGACUUUGAGGCAGGCAUGGUAUCCGCUCACAGACUGUGGUUGUGGUUGGGCAUCCCUGUCAAACUAAAUGUGUAAACGCUUUGCCUGCCAUCUCUUGUGGUUGCACAUGAUAUCUGUAAGGGUUCAAUCAAUUGAACUUUGGUAUCAAUGGUCACUUAGAUAUAAAUAAUAAACAGAGUGUAUACAAAUACUGUAGAUACAUCAGCACCAUUCUUAUCUGGGUAACAGUAUGGU